AUGGAAGUGGAAGCAGGAUCCCUUACUGGCGGAGCGGUCGUAACCACCUGGGCAUCCAUGGAUCAGCGACUGCGCAAAAGUUAUUCGGGGGCUGAUAAGCGGAUAGGGGCCAUUGUCAACUUUUUGAACUUUCUCUUCUUCAUUGACACCGACACCAAGACUAACACCGACAUCAACACCACCACCAGCGCCCGCACCGACGCCCGCACCGAUACCCGCAUCGACAACACCACCACGACCACCGCGAGCACCACGGCCACCACGGCCACCACGGCCACCACGGCCACCACGACAACCGCGACCACCGCGACCAGCACGGCCAACACGGCCACCACGAGAAGCUACUUUCAAAAGGUUAGAAUACAAGAGCAAUGGAAUUUGGACUGA